UGAAGUCUCUGAACUGACAUGAGCUUAGAUAGUCGGUGUAAACAUGCGGUACACCUGCGAUAGUGUAGUAAGCCGUUAUUGUUAGUAUGUGGAUUGCUGUAACCCUUUGAUGACUAUUCCAUAAUAAGACCAAACACUGACACGUGUAAAAAGUUGUUUUGUAGAGCGUGAAAUGUUGCGCGUGUGCUGUGUUUGUUUACAUUGUACCUAAAUGUCGUGGGAGUGUGUGCAAAGUAUACUAAAUGCAAGUGAAAAUAUUUGUGAGUGAAAGUAUGGCAUCGAGAAAACGCAGUGGAUCAGGUUCCAAAAGGCAGUUGAAGGAGAAAGUAGUCCAGAUAUACGAGUCUUUCUUUAGGGGAGAAGAUCCAACUGUGGGAAAUCCAAAUUUUUGGGAAGAAUUUUUUCUUCUGAAACCAAAAGUUUCACAUUUAGAAGCUGAAAUUCAAAAAUUAAGUGGUGAGCAAUUGGUGGCACUUAAAGACAAUAUAAAUACACUUUUUCAAAAGUGCAUUGCAACAUUAGACCAUGAACAUAACAUCCGUGUUGUCUACUCACUACAGACAUUAUGUGCAGUCAUCCACAGUAUAUACAAGAAAACAUCUGGAGAAUAUGGAAUUGAUGUCAUUAAUGUUCUCAUGGGUUUUGAAACUGCUGAACAGCUAAUGCAAACACUACUGGAUCAUUGCAAUAACUUUUUGAUUGGUGAUUACUCAUCUAGUCUUAAAGCCCUUUGUCUGAAGCUGUUGCUUGUUCUUGUCACGGGUACGGACAAUGUCAGUCAAAAUACACUCCUUGAAUAUGUUAUGAUCAACAGCAUAUUUGAAGCCUUGAUUCAGUUAUUAUGUGACCCUAGCACAAGAGCCCAACAUGGCCAUGAUGCAGUGCUCUUGUUGACAUUGCUUGUGAAUUACAGAAAGCAUGAAGCAGCAAAUCCAUAUAUUGUGAAGCUCUCAAUCUUGGAUGAUGAAUUAGCUCUUAAUGGCUAUGGACAGGUCAUAACAGCAUGCUUAACGGACUUCUGCAGACAAUUCCAAGCACAGCAUGCAGAAACUCAGUCUGGUAGCUGGCUUUCAUCUAUCACUAAUAUUGUUGGAAAUAUGUUUGUUUCUGAAGAGGGGGGUGUAAGAACGCAGCAAAUCAGAGCAAAUAAUGCAGUGCUGGUGGCGCUAUACGAAGCUGUGCACCUGAACCGUAACUUCAUAACAACACUUGCACACUCCCAGACUGAGACAAGUGCCCCACCAUCGCCGAGCAACACUCUGGGCUACAAUCAAACGGCCCCUGCUGCUGACCCAAACACUAAUGGCGAUCUCAUCACAACACAGCCAUCUAAUCUCCUUGUCACGUUCUUCCAGUACUGUUCGAUUGUGAUGCAAGAUACAAAGUCUGAGGCCAGUACAAACAAUGUAAAGUUGUGUUUCCUCAUCCUUACCUGUAUUUCGGAAGACCAGUAUGCCAAUUCUCUGAUGCACGAUGCAAACCUCAUCUUCAAGGUGCAACUGCAUAGGUUGCCAAUGCGCCAUCGAAAACUGGCAGUGGACAAAAUCUCUCCGGCUCAACCACUGGCCUCAACAUUGCUUGACCUGCUGGUGGAGUUCAUUAUGAGCCACAUGAUGAAGAAGUUGCCAAUGGAGUUGUACUUGCUCUGCGUUGGUGUUGUUCAUCGAGUUCUGUGUUACCAGAAAAGAUGUCGUGUUCGUCUAAAUUACCAGUGGAAAGAGCUGCUUACAGCAUUAAUUACGUUGCUAAAAUUUGUUCUUGCAAAUGAAAAUCACCUUGCCAAAAAAAUGAAUAUCUUUCAUCUUACUUUGCAGGUGCUGAAUAUAUUUAAUUUGUUUAUAACAUAUGGAGACACUUUCUUACCCUCCCCUGGCAGCUACGAUGAACUAUAUUAUGAACUCAUUAGAAUGCAACAAGUGUUUGAAAAUCUUCAUUCUAUGUCUCUGAGGUAUUUAACUAUGGAUGGAGAGUACAAGGAUUACGCUCUGAAACUGAAAAAUAGUUUAAUAAAUGUUAGAGCUAUUAUAAACCAUUUUCAACCAAAAAUUGAAUCAUGGUUGGCUAGUCAGGGUCUCUCAACACCAUCUGAAGAACAGAUUUUGGAAGUCGUGCGCAAAAAUUAUGACAGUCUGACACUGAAACUUCAAGACAGCCUUGACCAGUAUGAACGAUAUUCAGAGAAACCAAAACAUGCUGCCUUUUUCACUUCCAUGGUUCGAAGUGUAGUAAAUGAUACUCGACAGAAUAUAGAUUUUGCAUCCAUGGAUUCACAGCUUAUUCUACAGGAGUUUUCAUCAAUUUCCUAAGAUGGAUAUUUUUUCUAUGGAGUACUUUUCCAAAAACAAAAACUGUAAAAAUCGUGUAUGAAAGCGAUUACUUUGCAUGUUUCAGCCUGAAAUACAUGUUGUUAAUUUGUUAAAACAAUUUUAUAGUGAAUUGUGAGACAUAAGUAAUGACCAUCAGACAAAGACUGAUAAAAUUUGUAAAAAAAGAAAAACAUAUCAUGUUGUUGUAUUAUUAGAAGUGUUACUGCUUUGCUGACAAUUACACUUCCUCAUUUUCAUAA